AUGGAGUCACCAUUCAAGGCUGAUAUACUGAAAGGAAAGGUGGCUCUGUUGACUGGUGGUGGGUCGGGUAUCGGAUACGAGAUAUCCACACAGUUGGGCAAGCAUGGAGCAUCGAUCGCCAUCAUGGGUCGACGCAAAAACGUCCUAGACUCUGCUGCUAUUGGGCUUGAGGGAGAUGUUCGCAAUCAAGAUGAUGCAGUUAGAGUUCUGGAAUCAACUAUUAAGCAUUUUGGCAAGCUUGACAUCCUCGUGAACGCUGCAGCUGGCAAUUUCCUUGUCCCAGCUGAGGAUUUGUCCCCUAAUGGUUUUCGAACAGGUAUGAUCUUACAGGCAUGGGUCCAAAUUGUAGUCCAUUAA